UACAGCGCUCUAGCUAGCUAGCUCUUGCCUCCACAGCCCUCGCAGCUCCGCCGGCAAGCCGUCGACCGUUCGGGCACUACAGAGCUACCUAGCUAGCCCGGCAGCCUCUGGUACAACGCGAGCAGAGCCACCCGGCGGAUCGGAGCGAGCGAGAUGGCCGGCGCGACGGUGACCGUGGAGGAGGUGAGGAAGGCGCAGCGCGCGUCGGGCCCGGCCACCGUGCUGGCCAUCGGGACGGCGACGCCGGCCAACUGCGUGUACCAGGCCGACUACCCGGACUACUACUUCCGGGUCACCAAGAGCGACCACCUCACCGACCUCAAGGAGAAGUUCAAGCGGAUGUGCGACAAGUCGAUGAUCCGGAAGCGCUACAUGCACCUGACGGAGGAGUUCCUGAACGAGAACCCCAACAUGUGCGCGUACAUGGCGCCGUCGCUGGACGCGCGGCAGGACAUCGUGGUGGUGGAGGUGCCCAAGCUCGGGAAGGCGGCGGCGCAGAAGGCGAUCAAGGAGUGGGGCCAGCCGAGGUCCCGGAUCACGCACCUCGUCUUCUGCACCACCUCCGGCGUCGACAUGCCCGGCGCCGACUACCAGCUCACCAAGCUCCUGGGGCUGCGCCCCUCCGUGAACCGCCUCAUGAUGUACCAGCAGGGGUGCUUCGCCGGCGGCACGGUGCUGCGCGUGGCCAAGGACCUCGCCGAGAACAACCGCGGCGCGCGGGUGCUGGUGGUCUGCUCCGAGAUCACCGCCGUCACGUUCCGCGGGCCGUCCGAGUCUCACCUCGACUCGCUGGUGGGGCAGGCGCUGUUCGGGGACGGGGCCGCGGCCGUCAUCGUCGGCGCCGACCCCGACGAGCGCGUGGAGCGGCCGCUGUUCCAGCUGGUGUCCGCCUCCCAGACCCUGCUGCCGGACUCGGAGGGCGCCAUCGACGGGCACCUCCGCGAGGUCGGGCUCACCUUCCACCUGCUCAAGGACGUGCCGGGGCUCAUCUCCAAGAACAUCGAGCGCGCGCUGGAGGAGGCCUUCAAGCCGCUGGGCAUCUCCGACUGGAACUCCAUCUUCUGGGUGGCGCACCCCGGCGGCCCCGCCAUCCUGGACCAGGUGGAGGCCAAGGUGAGCCUGGACAAGGCCCGGAUGCGCGCCACCCGGCACGUCCUCUCCGAGUACGGCAACAUGUCCAGUGCCUGCGUGCUCUUCAUCCUCGACGAGAUGCGCAAGCGCUCCGCGGAGGACGGCCACGCCACCACCGGCGAGGGCUUCGACUGGGGCGUCCUCUUCGGCUUCGGCCCCGGCCUCACCGUCGAGACCGUCGUCCUCCACAGCGUCCCCAUCACCGCCGGCGCCGCCGCAUGAGUGAUCGACCGCCGAUCGACGGACCUCCGAUCCAAUUUGCCGCCUCCGACCCGUCACGCGAAUAACGUCGUACCUGCCCUACUUUCUGCAUUUGCCAUGUAGCUGCUACCUAUAUUACUUUAUUUUGCAUGUACUGUACUGUAAGCCCUGGUACCUGAUGAAUUUUAAGGGCGAGCUAGCUCAAGGAUAAAACCGUAAGAGUGCCAUUUAGUAGUAUUAAUUAUUAUGGAUGGUGAGGUAUUGUAUACCUGUGUAAGACAAGCUUGGCUGGAUUCUAUUUUAUUUGGUGAAAAAGAUUAUAA